UGGAGCCAGAAUGGCAAUGCAACGCUGAGAGAGAAAACUUUCAAUUACUUAAGUUCGCAGAAAGAAGUUUACUUCUGGCUUGACUGAAAGGACCAAACCGAAUUCAGAUGGCGACACAACCACAGUAUUCAGACUUAGAGACGGCCAUAAACACCCUGGUCACACAAUUCCAUGCUGCCUCUGCUGACAACGGACCAACUCUGAAAACCGAAGAGUUUAAGAGCCUUCUCUCCACUCAGCUUCCCAACCUGGUCAAGUCCACAGGUGACGAACAGGGCCUGGGGGAGCUCCUGCAGCAGAUGGGUGUGAAAGACAACGAGGGCAUCACCUUUAAGGAUUUCUGGGUCUUGGUCAAGUCGCUGGCCACCACGCAGCAUGGCCUAAUGCGUCCAGAGAAGAGUGCCAGGUGUAGCUGCCUGCUGCUGUAAGGCAUAGGACCAAGAGCAAGGAUCUGGAACCAGUCACACAAACAUAAAGGUAUAGAGGCCAAGUCUGUUAAUUGCCAUUGACCUCCUCAUCCUGUAGUGGCACAGAUCUUGAUCAGUCCUACCCUAAUUCCUGAAUCCAGUCUUCAGCGAGUGCGCCACCCUCAUUCACUCAGCCUAAAGACCCAUGUGCCAAUCCCUUUAUCUAACAAGCAAAACAUCUCUCAUUGUAUGGUCCUCAGAAUUGAAAGCCUUAAUCUCCAGGAACUCCCCUUGCAGGUUACUACAAGCAAAAUUCAUUCAAAAUUCAAUUUCACCAUUCAUUGGCAUUGCCUUUUGCAGUCUCUUAAUUAAUGUGUUUCUGUUGUAUUUAUGUAUUUUGAUUAUAUCAAAGUACU